AUGAUCAGCAAGUCAGUCUUCAUUGCUGUAGAUUUCAGCACGUCCUACAGUGGGUACUGUUUUUCCCUUACUUCAAGUACAGGCCAAAUCCACCAAGUGUACUGGGGAACAGAGCAUGGGCUCAAACUAAAGACACCCACAUGCAUCUUGUUCAACCAGGAGCAGAAGUUCAAGAAGUUUGGCUAUGAUGCUGUGAUGAAGUACAAGAGCCUGCCCCAUGGAAAAGCUGACAACUGGUACUUCUUCCAGGACUUCAAGAUGAAGCUGUACAACACACUAGUCACAUCUGACAUGGAGCUGAAAGCCAUCAAUGGCAAGAGGCUUCCUGCCCUCACAAUCUUUUCCAAAAGCCCGUGCUACCUGAAGGAACAUGCCCUGAACACCAUCCAAGAGGCCUAUGUCCAGACUGUCUGCAGCCAGGAGGAGAUCACCUGGUUCGUUACUGUCCCAGUCAUAUGGAGUGCUGCUGCCAGGCAGUUCAUGCAGCUGGAAGCAAAGGAGGCAAAAGCAGGGGUUAUCCCAUUUCCUCAAAUUAUCUUUGGAGAUUUUCCUCAAUAUUUAAACAACCUGUAUGCCGUGGUUUACCCUGGCUCAUAAUUAAGUACCAUGCAGCCA